AGGUCUUACGGGUGUGGAACGAAAUUAAUGACAUUGUUUUAAUUUUUGGGUGAACUAACCCUUUAAGCGUAUAUUUUCUUAAAACCAAAGAUAAGAAGUGCAAGUGCCUAAAUUUGGGUCCAUACUGGCCACAUGCGGACGUUUGGAGUUUCGGUGUAAAACAAAACUGUCCCCUUCUUCAUUUUUUAUGACUAUUUAGCCUACUUAUUUUCAUCAGUAAUAAUUUAAACCGUUGUAUCUAGGAUCCUAAAUGCUAAAAAAUAUAUAGUUAGGCUACAUAAAAAUAUAGCCUAAAGACACGUAUAAGAAUAUAAAGCCCACAGUGACAACUAUCCUGUCUUAACUGUUCUCCAAGUCAGUCAAUAAGAUUGACAGCUGGAUUUGAGGGCGUGUCCAACAUCCAACUACAACUACUUCGCCAACUGUUGACGCGUCAGAAGUCUGACCUCUCGCGCACAGGUGACAGAAUACAUCAACAGAGCUCCAAAUAGCGCUUCCUGGACCUGUAUAAAUGGCAUUCCGAGGCAGUGUGAAACCCUUUGUGCACUUCAAUGCAAAGCAUGAUGCAGACGUUUUGCGCAAAGCCAUGAAAGGGAUUGGCACUGAUGAAGAUGCCAUCCUCAUGUUACUGGCAGCUCGCAGUAAUGACCAGCGACAGGAAAUAAAAGCAGCCUAUAAGAAAGCUCAUGGCAAGGAUCUUGUGAAAGACUUACGGUCUGAGCUUGGAGGGAAGCUAGAGGAUCUCAUUGUGGCCCUCAUGGCUCCACCUGCAAUAUAUGAUGCAAAUGAACUCCAUAAGGCCAUCAAGGGAGUGGGUACUGAAGACCAAGUUUUAAUUGAGAUUCUGGCAUCCAGGACAUGUGAUGAGAUAAAAGAUAUCAUCAAAGCUUACAAGAAAGAACAUGGAGGCAAGCUGGAAAAAGACAUAAUGGGUGAUACGUCAGGACAUUACCAGAGGUUGCUGGUGAUCCUUGUACAGGCAAACAGGGAAGAGGGAGUGGAUGAGAGCAGAGUGGAGAAAGAUGCCAAGGAGCUGUUUGCUGCCGGAGAGGAGAAAUUUGGCACGGACGAGGAUAAGUUCAUCAACAUACUUGGCAACAGGAGUGCAGAACACCUGAGAAAAGUGUUUGAUGCCUACAAAAAGAUUGCCGGCUGUGACAUUGAAGAGAGCAUAAAAGAUGAGUGCACUGGGAACCUGGAAGCACUGCUGCUGGCUGUGGUUAAGUGCGCAAAAAGCGUGCCUGCUUAUUUUGCUGAAAUCCUUCGAGAGUCAAUGCGGCGUGCUGGCACUGAUGAUGAGACUCUCAUAAGGGCCAUGGUGUCAAGGAGCGAGCGAGAUAUGCUGGACAUCAGAGCGAUAUAUAAGAAGAAGUAUGGAGAAUCACUCUACAGCACCAUACAGGAAGACACUGACGGAGAUUACCAGAAGGCCCUGCUCUACCUGUGUGGUGGUAAUGAUUAGCAAUACUGUAGUUAGUAAUUAUUCAGUCCUUAUCUGAUCUUCAGCUUUCUCAUUUGUGUUUAUUUUUACAUCUUUUAUGUUUAUGGUUUGAGAAAAAGUAGUUUCAGUGUUGGAGAAUAGGAGGGUAUUCUUUGAUGGUUUUUGAUGUGUGAUGUUUGGUGUAUUGAUUCUUUAACAGAAUUUGGUGGUUUAGCUUGUGUUUAGCUUGAAUCAUUGUUUCAAAAUUGCAUGAAGACUUUGGAAAUAAAAUGUUAUGGUUAUGUUAA